AUGGCAGCAGCAGGAACAGCAGCAGCGGCAGCGGGUGUUUUGUCCAUCCACUCUCCAGAUACAGGUCUAUUCAGUCCGGUACAUGGGCGGCCCAUCCGACCUCUCCCAAAGAGAACCCUCCGAGACCGUCUAUCACCCGAGUCCUCAAAGGCCAUUUUAAGUCCUCCUGCGCCCCCGAAUCCCACGCCUCUCUUCUAUCUACCGUACACAUAUCCACCACCGCCGGGUGGAUCUACCGGUUCGCCGUCCGGUCAUGGUAGCCAUGAGCAGAAUGAUUCGUCGGACGAAGAUGAUGUCUCAAAUGCAUCCGUUGGUCGUUUUAGCAGCAGCGGUCAGCUAGAUGAUGCGCACGACCAGGGAAUAGGUGGUCCCAAUGAUGGAGGCUAUGAUUGGUCCGAAAACACCAAUAACAAGAAGAAACGCAAGAUUCCUACACCCGCUCAUCCUGGCGGGGCAAGUUCAAAUGGGUUUACUACCACCGGUCAUAACUACGCCACUCAGUACUCCCAGGUAUCUACCGGGACCUCAGUUCACUCGACUCCCCGACGAUAUAGAUCUGCUGGGACUCAGAGGUCUCCUCUAUCAACACUAUCGAGUGGUGGCAAUGGUGGGAUGAGGAGAGUUAAAAGAUUUCCCGGAACGCCUUCUGUAGCCUCUGGAGCAUAUUCGGAGAGUGGAAGCAAGUCUCCUGGCGCGGGUGGCACAGAUGAUGCUCCAAACACCCCAGACAAAGAAAACCGAUUUGAAAGACCUGGGAUCAAUGCUCCAACAUCCCCAUUCACAUUCAAAUGUGAUUCGCCGGUUUCCGCGAACUUAGCCUACUCCCACCCGCCACCGAAUGUCGGUGCGAACUAUCAGAGAUCAAUGUCGACGGUUGGGACUCAGACAUCACCGAACAUGUCUGGAAAUAACUCUUACCCACAGCAACAGAAGAAGAAAAGCGCAGCGAGGGCAGCCGCAAGGAGGGAAUAUCUCCAACAGCAGCGCCUGAAGCAACGGCAUGCAAAUGGAAACAAGGGCGAAAUUUGGAUAUGCGAAUUUUGCGAAUACGAGGCUAUCUUCGGUCAGCCACCCGAAGCUUUGAUGCGGCAAUACGAUAUCAGAGAUCGCCGGGAGCGAAGAGAGCGAAAAGAAGCCGAGAACAGACGACGACGGGCUGAAGAGAGGUUGCAGAGAAAGGGCAGAAAGACGAGCACUAAAAAUACCAAGAAGCAGCAUGCGCAUACCAAUGUCCACAGCUCAGCUCACAAUGCCCCGCCCCCACCCCCACCACCAAGCCAGACCGAUUCGCAAGGCACCCAAUCUGACCAUACCCCAAUUCCAUCGGCUACUACUACACCAGCAUUGAAACCCCAUCAUCCUGGAAAAAAUCACCAUCACCAUCAUCAUCACCACGUCCAUGGUGAUGGCUGCCAGCAUGAUCAUCGUGAGUACGGUAAUGGAACGGCGUAUCGGAAUGGUCACGGCGGAUCAUGA